AUGAACCCCAUAAAAAAUGAGUAUAUAAUUGAAGGUUAUAGUGUUCAAUUUCCAUAUGAUGCUUAUAAAUGCCAGAUUAACUAUAUGCAAAAGGUUUUAUAUUCACUAAAGCACAAAAAACAUGCACUUUUGGAAAGCCCUACAGGUACCGGGAAAACACUAUGCUUAUUAGCAUCUACCCUUGCAUUUCAAAAGCAUUUCCUAAUUAACCAUGGUUCACUGAAGAAACCCAUAGAAAACUCGAGUUAUCCUGGAGUUAUUAAAUCAGAAGGAGGAUCUAUAGAAUUGGUAGGAAUUCCUCGUACUAAUGUAGAAAAUAGCAAAGAGACAAAAACGAAUAUGCUUAUCCCCAGAAUAAUAUACUCUUCAAGGACACACAGUCAACUUUCUCAAGUAAUGCGUGAGUUGAAAUCUUCCGGAAUUUCAGAUGGCUUUACAAUUGAGUUGUUUGACUCGGAAGCUGAAAAUAAAGCCAAGAUUGAAAAAUCGUCUUCAAAGAAACGUCCAAUUAUCAAGGGAGGAAAGAAGCUUUUCAAAGCAACUAUUCUGGGUUCAAGAGACCAGCUUUGUGUUCAUCCCAGGAUUUCCAAAUUUAGAGGCAAUACAUUGAUAAAAAACUGCCGAAAAAUAACCAAAGAAGGUAAAUGUAAAUAUCAUAACAAUUUGAAACAGGCAAACAUUUCAGGGGUUGCUGCGGAUAUUCGGGAUAUUGAGGAUCUUAAAAGUAUUGCAUCAUCUUCUGAUUCCGGCUAUUUUUGCCCUUUUUAUGCAACUAGAGAAAUCGAAAACAUUUGUAAUGUUGUUCUAUUACCUUAUAAUUAUUUGUUGGAUAGCAUUACCCGUCAGAACCUAAAAAUUGAUUUAACUAACACUAUCUUGAUUUUGGAUGAAGCUCAUAAUGUAGAGUCUGUUUCAGAAGAAGCAUAUUCAUUUGGUUUGAGAGAUAUUGAUCUCGCUCUUUCUCAAAAAGCGAUUCAAAAUAUUCUGGAAGCUACGAAACUUGGGCUCUUGCAAGAAAAAGAAUCUGAUGAUAAAGAUUCAGAAGUAGAUAUUUCUUUUGACAUUGAAGUAGCUGUGGCUUUGGCAACCGGUAUUCACUUACUUUCUAGAAAUCUAAAGGAAAUUCAAUGCCCAGUUCCUUCAAAUAAUAAUGGGUCAAAGUUCAAGAGCUUCCCAAAAAUGGGGGAAGUUCAGGGAGUUACUUACCCUGGCUCACAUAUCUACUCUUUAUUUGCUUCUUCUGGUUUUGGGAUUGAUAAUUUCCAAGCUAUGGACGAAUGUCUCACAAAUAUGAUAAACUUUGGACAAAACUUAGUUGGUCCUGGGGGUAAUGUCUCAAGCCAGUUGGAUGUAAAUAGUGUUCAGAUAAAUGCAAGAAUAGGAGCAUUGGAAAGGUUUCAGAGAUGCUUAAGGCUUACAUUCAAUGAAACAGUAAUGAAGAACCCUCAAUGGUUUAAACUAUAUAUUCACUAUGAACCUGAUAAUUACAAAGAAAUUAACGGCUUUGACGAAAAUGGAGACCAGAAUUCGGUUAUAGACCCGGAAACUCCGGAACAAGGAAUGAGUCUUUAUCUUAGUUUUUGGUGUUUCAGUGCCGCAGCAGCACUUUCUUCCCUCGUAUCUGCAGGAGUAAGAUCAAUGAUUAUCACAUCAGGAACUCUCUCGCCAUUAGAUACCUUGGCUCAGCAAUUCAGUAGCUCAAAUUUAUCAUUUGAUGUGUUUCUUGAAAAUGAUCACGUUAUUGAUAGUGAAUCACAACUUUGGGCUGUCACUUUAGAAAAGGGAAAUUCAACUAAUAAUACACAGUUAAUUGGUUCAUAUGAGGCCCGAAAUAAUCCUUCAUAUUUUUCUGCACUUGGAAGUGUGGUUUUUGACUGUGUCAAACGAAUUCCUGAUGGUGUUCUCUUAUUCUUUGGAUCAUAUUCUUUAAUGGAUCAGGCUGUGAAAUAUUGGACAGACCAAGGUCUGAUUGAGCGUAUUAAGGCGUUUAAAAGUAUUUUUAUAGAGCCUAGAAACUCUUUUGAGUUGGGAUCCGUUUUAGAUUCGUAUAUGGAUUGCAUUAAGAAGGGAGUAGACUCUUCAUCUCAAAGUGAUGGAUUUUUCAAGGAGAAAAAAACCAAAAAUAGCUUGACAGACUUUGUAUUCAAAUCAAAAAGGAUUUCUUCUUCAGGUUCACUACUUAUUGCAGUAUGUAGAGGGAAAGUUUCAGAAGGAAUAAACUUUUCAGAUAAUGCUUGUAGAGGAGUAAUCAUUGCGGGGCUUCCAUUUCCUUCAAUAGCAGAUGCUAGAGUAUGUCUUAAGAAACAAUACAUGGAUGAAAGCAAAAUGGAUGGACGCCAAUGGUACAAUCAGCAAGCCAUUAGAGCUGUUAAUCAGGCUAUUGGACGUGUAGUUCGCCAUAGAAAUGACUAUGGAGCAAUUAUUCUUGCAGAUAAACGCUUUAACCAACCAAAUAUAUAUACUCGGCUUUCAAAGUGGAUUCGAACUAAUACAAAACACUUGCCUCAGCUUGACUCUAGGCAGCUUGAUAAUAUUUCGGACUUUUUUGAAAAAAAGCUUUAUGUUGGUACACCUGGGGCUACUACUCAAUCAUCAGAAGCAAAUUGUAACAAGGAAGCUUAUACUAAACCCUUAACUAAUAAUGUUUCAGGAAACAAAACUUUUUAUGCAAGAAAUCCUUCUGUAGUUAGUUUCCCCAACUUAACGAAUGAAAUCAAUACAUUGUUGAAACAAGUAGAUAAUAAAAGCUCAAUAAAGGAUGACUUUAAGGAGGAGAAUAGCAAUGCUAUGAAUGCAACAAACAUUCCAAAACCUUUUCCUGGUCUUGUUUCAAAGGUGAGCAUACCUUGGAAAAGAGUAAAAACUUCAUCUCCUGGUUCUGAGUCUCCAAACGCAACACUAUGGACAUUUUCUUCGAGUAAGAAUGGAAGUAGUAAUCUAGAAAAUCAAAAAAGGACAAAUUUCAACAUUGUUCCAUUUGAAAAGAUAAAUUACCAACAAGUAUUGAAUGCUUCAAAAGAACUACUAAGAGAAGAUGAGUUUAACCGUUUAAAACCCUAUAUACAAGAUUUGAGCCAAGUUAAUUCCAGCUCUUUAAGGUCUAUUGCCAAUAUUUUGCUUCCAAACCAUAUAAUGGAGGAAAAAGAGUUGAAUGAAAGAAAAUCAUUGGCCCUAGAACUCCUAAAGCUACUCUCAAAUAAAUAUAGAGAAGAGUUCAGGACAAUUAUCGAGAAGAUUCUUUCAAACAUUGAUAUGAUGAAUGAUAAGGCUUUGGUAGAUGCAUUAAAAAAUGAAUUAUAA